CCUCCCCAUAACUUCUUCACCAACCAAACUCCACCUCCUUCAUAACCUCCACCGCCGCCGCCCUUUUCCACUUUCAGAACCUACCCUUUAUUCCUCAGCCCAUUUCCGCUUCUGGGUCGUUGAGAAACUAGGUUUUCGAGGCGCAAUUCGGGAAGAAAACAUGCUCAAGUUCAUGCCGCCUGCCGCCGAUUCUGUGCUUCCAAGAAACGGGUUUAAGCAUACCAAGUUGGAGUCCAACAUCGCCACCAUAGACGUCGGCGGCCAGCUCUUCCAGACCACCAAGCAAACCCUAAACCUCGCCGGGCCGGACUCGCUCUUCUCCCGGAUUGCGGAGUCGGCCUCGGCUCAUCUCGCUCCGCCGUUCAUUGAUCGCGACCCGGAGCUCUUCUCCAUCCUCCUCUCGCUUCUUCGAACAGGUAAUUUGCCCUCGAAGGCCAAAUCCCUAGACAUCCAGGACCUAAUUUUCGAAUCCCAAUUUUAUGGCAUCGAAACGUUUCUGAUGAAUUCGCUGUCGAACCCAUCGCAUUUCGAUGCUUUUAACCUGGAAAAGUCGUUGAUUUUGCCCUUGAACGGCCGAGACUCGCCGUCGGCGAUUGCCACGACGCCGUUUGGCUCGGUUCAUGUAGCUCACGGCAGCAAAAUCACGUCUUUUGAUUGGUCGCUGAGGAAAAAGUCGACGAUUUUGACCCAAUUCACCGCCGUCGAUUCUAUGCUGGCGAUAUCGCCGAGGACGGCCGCGGUGGGGGCCACCGACUUCUCUGGGCUCCAGAUUCUCGACCUUGAGAAUGGGUUUGUUAAGGAGACUCUGAAUUGGGAGAAUGUGACUCGGUCCGGGUCAACAGUACAAGCAAUCGGGUCGUCGCCUGAGUUUCUCUUCACUAGUUUCGAAUCCGCUCGGAGGAACUCGAAUUCAAUAAUGAUAUAUGAUCUGAAUAGCUUGAGCCCUGUUAAUGAGAUUGGUCAUUACGAAAUUUAUGGUGCAGAGAUUAACUCAGCAAUACCGGCCACGAAACUGAAUUGGGUUUCGGGCUACGGUCUGUUGAUGGCGUCCGGGUCUCACAGUGGACCUUCAGGAGUUUUGGGUAACAUUAAAUUUUGGGAUACAAGGUCUGGCAAUGUAGUUUGGGAAAUACAAGAGAAAGUGGAUUGCUUUUCGGAUGUCACAGUUUCGGAUAACUUGUCAUCAAUAUUCAAGAUUGGUGUGAAUACAGGCGGGAUGUUCUUUGCGGAUUUGAGAAGUAUGGGUGCGGAGAAUCCAUGGGUUUCUCUUGGGGAAGCGAAGAAAGUAGUUAACGGGAAGAAGGAAGGUUCCGGGUGCAAGAUUGAAAGCCAUGGAAGCCAAGUAUUUUGUAGCACGGGAGGGAAUGUAGAGCUAUGGUCAGAGGUUGUGGUGGGUUCUAAGAAGAGCAGUAAAAAUGGGACGGAGGAGGAAAGGCUCUUUAGGAAGAAUUUAAUGGGGAGAAUGAAGGAUAUGGGAGGUUCGAGGAUAACGAACAUGGCUUUCGGGGGGAACAAGAUGUUCAUGACCAGGAAGGAUCAGCAAACUGUUGAGGUCUGGCAGAAUUCAGCUAGAGGUUUUUGAUCCCAAUUGAAUUAGGGGAUGAUAUUAUUGAUAAAAAAAAACAUCCAGAAUGAGUCACAUUUUGUUGUAACAUUAUUUUGUAGCUCGAUUUGUCUGUAAAUGGUCUUGUAGCUUGUGAAGUAUGUCAUUCUUUUGCUGUGCUAAUUAGCAAGUUUACCAAUUCUUUUAUAAAUCAUUUUAUUCAAGGAAUUUAAUGAGUUCAAAUUAUAUCAUUGAUGUU